CUUUACGCUUCACGAGCACCGGAACUAAAAUGCUCCUGCCGUUCCAGCGGGGACCGUUUAGAGGACGCACAUCGGUCUCUCUUACACGUCAGUCAUCUCCUCGCUGCUGGAUUUCGAGGCUGUCUGUGCACAAUUCCUGCGGAAACCAUGUCUAAUUCGGUGUUUUCAGUUAUAUCGCGUUUUGUGGAGGAGUACAGGAGCAGCACACCGAAUAAGCUGAAGGUGAUCGACGCGUAUCUGCUGUACAUUCUGCUGACCGGAGUGUUCCAGUUCCUGUACUGUGUGCUGGUGGGAACGUUCCCCUUCAACAGCUUCUUAUCGGGAUUCAUUGCGUGUGUGGGAUCCUUCAUACUGGCUGUCUGUCUUCGCAUCCAGAUCAACCCUCAGAAUAAAAGAGAUUUCCUGACCGUCUCUCCUGAGAGAGCCUUCGCUGAUUUCCUCUUUGCUCACACUGUUCUGCAUCUAGUGGUCGUCAAUUUUGUUGGCUGAAUAAGAGCAUCUGCUCUGUGCUCUUACAGCAGAUAUGAAGACCAAAUGCUGCUCAAGUACAAAACAACUACAAACAAACACAACUGUCUGCAGAGCUCUCAAUGUUAAUAUAUGUUUUGACAGAAUUGUCAUUUAUGAUAAGUUCUUGUCUUGUUCCUUCAUUUUUCUACUUUUGUAAAACUCUGGAAGUUGUUGAAACAAAUGAAAUGCCUUUAAAAACAA